GAAAGCGUAGAUGGGAGUAAGUUUGCAUACAGUCGAGAAUCAACGAGAUGGAACACUUGAUUUUAAAGAGGUUUAAAAUACUAUUCGAGCCGACGAUCCACAUUAUCCACGCACGAGGCUCGUGCCAAUCGAAAAUACACAAAAUACUUGUGGAGGACGUGUUCUACCGCAACAAUUCGUUCGUACACUGGAGCAAUUGUGUCAUAAGCGCAAUCUUCGCCUCCACGUUGACGGAGUUCGAUCGGCAAAUGCUAGCGUAGCGUCCGGAAUUCCCAUGGACAAACUGGUACGUGGUGAUACUCAGUUAAGCUCUGUCUAAGCAAAGGUUUGGGUGCGCCAGUUGGCUCGAUUCUUGCUGGAUCUGAAGAAUUUAUUUAUCAUGCAACGCGACUUCGAAAGUCCUUGUGUGGUCGUAUGCGUCAAGCUGGUAUCAUUGCGUCGGCUGGACUGUACGCACUUGACAACUAAUUUGAUCGACUUGUGGACGACCACAACAAUGCACAGACACUGGCUCAUGGUCUUUCAUCCAUCACUGAAAUUCACAUUGAUCCGAAUACAAUUGACACGAACAUCGUUUUCUUCACACUUAUCGCAGACGCUAAACUAAACGCGACGACUCUUGUACAGAAACUGAAAUCAGAAAAAGGUGUGCUUGUUGGAGCUUACGCUGAUGGUAUCGUAUACGCGCUGUAACAAAUUUGCACAUUUCGAGCAAAGAUAUCGAGUACACUAUAUCGUCAAGCUGCGAGCGCGAACGACAGUAUGUGAUCGGGAUAGUCUUUCCUUUAUAAGUUCAAGGACCAACAUUGCAGUGGGCUCUUUGAUUUUUUGCAUUUGAAACUUCCUACGAUGCAGCUACAUGCCAUGCGAGCUUGACGUAAUAAAACGUAAGCUUUGAGGUCGGAC